UUCAGUGUUAAAAAUGUCUUCGGGAGAAGUUGGAGAACUAGGGAAGAAAGUCAGAACACCCGAGUGUGCUCGCUGUCGGAACCACGGCAUCAUCAGUGUCUUGCGGGGACACAAACGGUUUUGUCAGUUCACUAACUGCAUGUGUGCAAACUGUAUUUUGAUUGCACAGAGACGAAAGGUUUCGCGGGAGCAAAUAGCGUUACGAAGGCGGCAGGAACAAGACGAGGCAGCCGGGUUGUUCAUUCCAGUACCCGAAAACUUAUUGAAAGGUCACGGUAGCAGUGCAAUUGGUUGUCAUCUCAAGAUGCUGAAGCAGAAGUUCCCCAACAUGAGUCUAGGACGGAUCCAUGCUGUACUAAAGGACACUGGCAGCAUGGAGCAAACCAUUGCUAGACUACAGAAAGAGGAGCUGGGGCGAGAUGCAUCUGAAAGCACCUGGAAAGUCAACUACAGUCCCUCCUCAACGCCUUGUGACAUCGGCCUGGGUUCCAGCAUGUUGCCCAAGACUGAACCUCCUCUCCUGCCCAGUGAGUACUGUGGGGGCAGCACCUACUACUCCCGGGCCCCAUCGUACAGCUCCCUCCACCACCUGUACAGCACCUACCCCACCUACUGCAAGACCAGUCCAACCAGCAGCCCCAUGCACAGCUACAAUGUAGCCGACUACCAGUAUCAGCAGCCACCACAGUUCCUCCCAUCUGCACCUCCAGUCAACAGCCACACCCCCCAGGGGUAUCAGCUGAUCAACGCCAUGGACCUUCCAUACAGUCAGACUACAUCUACUGAACCUGGGCUGUCCACAAAGGAGCUGAGUACAAGUCUUGCUCCGUACACCAGUCUGCGUGAUGAUGCUGAUGACAUCGGGAAGACGUCGGCCCACUUCCCCAACCAGUCCCCCAGUAGGAUGUCAUCAGAUGAUGAAGGAGCCCUAAUGAUAGACUGUUGAUUUUGUUCAGUGAUGCAAUCUUCCCCCUCCUGUCAGCUUGUGGAGACUUCAUCACACAGAGAAGGAGUUCUUAUGAUAGACGUCUCAUUUUCCCAAGCAUGUUAGGCUUUCAUCAGGUGGUCAGGGGGCUGUUAUCGUAUGAAUGUAAAGUUAAGCAUGAAAUGCAAGAGCUCUUGUCAUUGCCGAAACAAAAAGAUUUAGUGGACCCCUAGAUUCAAAUGCUAGAUAUGAAAACCUCAGGAACCACUGGACCCUCCAUAGUCAUGAACAUUUUGUCCAUGUUAUAACCUUAAUGUUACAAGUGAGGGAAAUAGCCGGUCCCCAGAUUGAGUUCUGUAAGGGAGAGCCACAAGGAUUUCCAGGGUGGUAGGGUAGCCAAGUGAUUAAAGGAUUUGUUUUAAAGGUCCAGGUUUGAUUCCCCAUGUGGGGUACAAUGUCUGAAGCCCAUUUUUGCUGUUUCUCCCACUCCAAU